AUGGGUGAUGCUGUCAUGGCUGAGUUUGGGCCCGCUGCUCCUUUUCUUCGCAAGUCGGAUAAGGAGCGUCUAGAAGCCCAAACCCGGAUAUUUGACAUGAAGAAGGAGUGCUUCGUACCCGACCCCGAGGUCGAGUACGUCAAGGCAUCCGUAACUAGUCGUGAUGGUGACAAAGUCACCGUUAACACUGAGUUUGGAAAGACCGUCACCGUGAAGGAGUGUGAUGUUCACCCUCAGAACCCGCCAAAGUUUGAUAAAAUUGAGGACAUGGCGAUGUUCACCUUCCUCCACGAGCCCGCUGUGCUGUUUAACCUCAAAGAGCGUUACGCAGCCUGGAUGAUCUACACCUACUCGGGGCUCUUCUGUGUGACUAUCAACCCCUACAAGUCGCUGCCGGUCUACAACCAGGAGGUGGUCGUUGCCUACAGAGGAAAGAAGAGGAGUGAAGCUCCUCCUCAUAUCUUCUCCAUCUCUGACAAUGCCUAUCAGUACAUGCUGUCAGAUAGAGAAAACCAGUCAAUCCUCAUCACCGGAGAAUCUGGCGCUGGAAAGACUGUCAACACCAAGCGUGUCAUUCAGUACUUUGCCAGCAUCGCUGCUGCCCCAGGUUUGAAGAAAGAUCAAGCUGCUGAGAAGAAGGGAACCCUGGAGGAUCAAAUCAUCCAGGCUAAUCCUGCUCUGGAGGCCUUUGGGAACGCCAAGACCAUCAGGAACGACAACUCCUCUAGAUUUGGUAAAUUCAUCAGAAUUCAUUUUGACAACCGAGGAAAACUGGCCUCUGCUGAUAUUGAAACUUACCUUCUGGAAAAGUCUCGUGUGACCUAUCAGCUCAAAGCUGAGAGGGACUACCACAUUUUCUACCAGAUCUUGUCUCAGCAAAAGCCUGAGCUUCUGGAGAUGCUGCUCAUCACCAACAACCCUUAUGACUACGCCUUCAUCUCCCAAGGAGAGACAACUGUGGCCUCCAUCAAUGAUUCUGAGGAGCUGAUGGCCACUGAUGAUGCCUUUGACGUGCUGGGCUUCACUCAAGAAGAGAAGAACAGCAUUUACAAGCUGACUGGAGCCAUCAUGCACCACGGCAACAUGAAGUUCAAGAACAAGCAGAGAGAGGAGCAGGCUGAGGCUGACGGCACUGAAGAUGUGGACAAAGUUGCUUAUCUUAUGGGCCUGAACUCUGCUGACCUCAUCAAAGGUCUCUGUCACCCACGAGUCAAAGUAGGAAAUGAGUGGGUCACCAAGGGACAAAGUGUCGCUCAGGUGAACUAUUCUAUCGGUGCACUGGCUAAGUCAGUGUAUGAGAAGAUGUUUCUCUGGAUGGUCAUAAGGAUCAACCAUUCCCUGGACACCAAGCAGCCCCGCCAGUACUUCAUUGGUGUUCUGGACAUUGCUGGAUUUGAGAUCUUUGAUUUCAACACCUUCGAGCAGAUGUGCAUCAACUUCACCAAUGAAAAAUUGCAACAGUUUUUCAACCACCACAUGUUUGUGCUGGAGCAGGAAGAGUACAAGAAAGAGGGCAUUGAAUGGGAGUUCAUUGACUUUGGUAUGGACCUGCAGGCCUGUAUCGACCUGAUUGAAAAGCCCAUGGGUAUCAUGUCCAUCCUUGAAGAGGAGUGCAUGUUCCCCAAAGCCUCAGACACAACCUUUAAAGCUAAGCUCUACGACAACCAUCUGGGGAAAUCCAACAACUUCCAGAAGCCCAGAGUUGUUAAAGGAAGACCAGAGGCCCAUUUCUCCCUGGUUCACUACGCUGGAACCGUUGAUUAUAACAUCAACAACUGGCUGGUUAAGAACAAAGAUCCCCUGAAUGAAACGGUGGUCGGUCUUUUCCAAAAAUCAAACCUCAAGCUUUUAGCUUUGCUCUUUGCUGGAUAUGCAGGAUCUGAUUCUGCGCCGGAGUCUGGUGGAAAAGGGAAAGGUGGUAGCAAAAAGAAGGGUUCCUCAUUCCAAACUGUAUCGGCUUUGCACAGGGAGAACCUGAACAAGCUGAUGACCAACCUGCGGUCCACUCACCCUCACUUUGUGCGUUGCAUCAUCCCCAAUGAGACCAAGACUCCUGGGGCCAUGGAGAACCCUCUGGUGAUGCACCAGCUGCGCUGUAACGGUGUGCUAGAGGGCAUCAGGAUCUGCAGGAAGGGCUUCCCCAACAGGAUCCUCUAUGGAGAUUUCAAACAGAGGUACCGUAUUUUAAACCCCAAUGCCAUUCCUGAGGGGCAGUUCAUUGACAACAAGAAAGCUGCUGAGAAACUGUUGGGUUCUCUGGAUAUUGACCACAACCAGUACAGACUGGGGCACACCAAGGUGUUCUUCAAAGCUGGACUGCUGGGUCUGCUGGAGGAGAUGCGAGAUGACCGACUAGCACUAAUUAUCACCGGCAUCCAGUCUCGGUCACGAGGUCUUCUGGCAAGAAUUGAAUUCCAGAAGAUUGUUGAACGCAGGGAUGCACUACUCGUGCUCCAGUGGAACAUCCGGGCCUUCAUGGGGGUCAAGAAUUGGCCCUGGAUGAAGCUGUUCUUCAAGAUCAAACCUCUGUUGAAGUCAGCAGAGACUGAGAAAGAGAUGGCCAACAUGAAGGAAGAAUUCCUGAAACUGAAAGAGGCUUUCGCAAAAUCUGAAGCCCGCAGGAAGGAACUAGAGGAGAAAAUGGUCUCUCUUCUCCAAGAGAAGAAUGACCUGCAGCUCCAAGUUCAAUCUGAGCAAGAUAAUCUUGGUGAUGCUGAAGAAAGAUGUGAGGGGCUGAUCAAAAAUAAAAUUCAACUUGAGGCAAAAGCCAAAGAGCUGACAGAGAGGCUGGAGGAUGAGGAGGAGAUGAACGCUGAACUUACAGCUAAGAAGAGGAAGCUGGAGGAUGAGUGUUCAGAGUUAAAGAAGGACAUUGAUGACUUGGAGUUAACUCUGGCCAAAGUGGAGAAAGAGAAGCAUGCCACUGAGAACAAGGUAAAAAACCUGGUCGAGGAGAUGGCAGCUCUGGAUGAAAUCAUUGCUAAGCUGACCAAAGAAAAGAAAGCAUUACAGGAAGCUCACCAGCAAACACUGGAUGACCUGCAGAGUGAAGAAGACAAAGUCAACACUCUAACCAAGGCCAAGGCUAAGCUGGAGCAGCAAGUAGAUGAUCUUGAAGGUUCCCUAGAACAAGAGAAGAAAGUGCGAAUGGACCUUGAGAGAGCCAAGAGGAAGCUUGAGGGGGACCUGAAGUUAGCUCAGGAGACUAUAAUGGACCUGGAAAAUGACAAGCAGCAACUUGAAGAGAGGCUGAAAAAGAAAGAUUUUGAAGUCAGCCAACUCCUUGCCAAAAUUGAGGACGAACAAAUAAUAAGUGCACAGCUCCAGAAAAAAAUAAAGGAGUUGCAGGCCCGCAUUGAGGAGCUGGAGGAAGAGCUGGAGGCAGAGCGAGCUGCCCGAGCUAAGGUGGAGAAGCAAAGAGCAGACUUGGCCAGAGAGCUGGAGGAGAUCAGUGAGAGGCUGGAAGAGGCUGGUGGAGCAACAUCUGCCCAGAUUGAGAUGAACAAAAAGAGGGAGGCAGAGUUCCUAAAGCUCCGCAGAGACCUUGAAGAGGCCACUCUGCAGCACGAAGCCACUGCUGCCACUCUCAGGAAGAAACAGGCCGACAGUGUAGCUGACCUCGGAGAGCAGAUUGACAACCUACAGAGAGUCAAACAGAAACUGGAGAAGGAGAAGAGUGAGCUCAGGCUGGAGCUGGAUGAUGUGGUCUCCAAUAUGGAACAUAUUGUCAAGUCUAAGACUCAUUUGGAAAAAAUGUGCAGGUCUCUGGAAGAUCAGAUGAAUGAAUAUAAAACAAAGGCCGAGGAGGGGCAGCGUGUCAUCAACGACUUCACCAUGCAGAAAGCAAAGCUUCAAACUGAGAAUGGUGAAUUUACAAGGCAGAUUGAGGAAAAGGACUCCCUGGUGUCUCAACUCACCAGAGGAAAACAGUCCUAUACUCAACAAGUUGAAGACCUUAAAAGACAACUGGAGGAGGAAGUGAAGGCCAAGAAUGCACUGGCCCAUGCAGUGCAGUCUGCUCGUCAUGACUGUGACCUGCUCAGAGAGCAGUAUGAAGAAGAGCAGGAGGCCAAGGCUGAACUGCAGCGCGGCAUGUCCAAGGCCAACUCUGAAGUGGCUCAGUGGCGAACUAAGUAUGAAACUGAUGCCAUCCAGAGAACUGAGGAACUGGAGGAAGCAAAGAAGAAGCUGGCAGCGCGUCUUCAGGACGCCGAGGAGGCUGUGGAAGCAGUGAAUGCUAAAUGUUCCUCUCUGGAGAAGACCAAACACAGACUGCAGAAUGAGAUUGAAGAUCUCAUGGUGGACGUGGAGAGGUCGAAUGCUGCUGCUGCUGCUUUGGACAAGAAGCAAAGAAACUUUGACAAGGUCUUGGCAGAAUGGAAGCAGAAAUAUGAGGAGUCACAAACAGAGCUGGAGAGCUCUCAGAAGGAGGCCAGGUCUCUGAGCACUGAGCUCUUCAAACUGAAGAACUCCUUUGAAGAAUCUCUGGAACAGCUUGAGACCAUGAAGAGAGAGAAUAAGAAUCUUCAGGAGGAAAUAGCCGACCUCACUGAACAAAUCGGUGAGGGAGGAAAGAAUAUUCAUGAGCUUGAGAAGAUUCGAAAACAACUGGAACAAGAGAAGUCUGAGAUACAAACAGCGCUCGAGGAAGCUGAGGCCUCAUUGGAACACGAGGAAGGAAAGAUUCUCAGAGCUCAGCUAGAGUUCAACCAGAUCAAGGCGGAUAUCGAGCGCAAGCUGGUUGAGAAAGAUGAAGAGGUGGAGCAGACAAAGAGAAACCAACAGCGCAUUGUGGAUACUCUUCAGAGCUCACUGGAUGCUGAGACUCGCAGCAGGAACGAGGCCCUCCGUUUGAAGAAGAAGAUGGAGGGAGACCUCAAUGAGAUGGAGAUCCAGCUUAGCCAGGCCAACAGGCAGGCGGCUGAGGCCCAGAAACAACUGAAGGCUAUUCAUGCACAUCUGAAGGAUGCUCAGCUCCAGCUUGACGAGUCUCUGCGAUCAAAUGAUGAUCUUAAAGAGAACAUUGCUAUCGUUGAGAGGCGCAACAACCUGCUGCAGGCUGAAGUGGAAGAACUGAGGGCUGCUCUGGAGCAAACUGAGAGAGGACGCAAACUUGCUGAACAAGAGCUGCUGGAUGUUAGUGAGAGAGUGCAGCUACUGCACUCACAGAACACCAGUCUUCUAAACCAGAAGAAGAAGCUGGAGGCGGACACAUCCCAGCUUCAAACUGAAGUGGAGGAUUCAGUUCAGGAGUGCAGGAAUGCUGAGGAAAAGGCCAAGAAGGCCAUUACUGAUGCUGCCAUGAUGGCGGAGGAGCUGAAGAAAGAACAGGAUACCAGCGCCCACCUGGAGCGUAUGAAGAAGAACAUGGAGCAGACCAUCAAAGACCUGCAGCACCGUCUGGAUGAAGCUGAACAGAUUGCCUUGAAGGGAGGGAAGAAGCAGCUGCAGAAGCUGGAGGCCAGGAUCAGAGAGCUAGAAAGUGAGUUAGAGGCCGAGCAGAGAAAGUCAAGCGAUUCUGUCAAAGGAAUACGAAAGUAUGAGAGAAGAAUCAAAGAGUUGACCUAUCAGACAGAAGAGGAUCGUAAGAAUCUGGCCCGUUUGCAGGAUCUGGUAGACAAACUGCAGCUGAAGGUCAAAUCCUACAAGAAGUCUGCAGAGGACGCUGAGGAACAGGCCAACACCAAUCUGACAAAGUUCCGUAAGCUUCAACACGAGCUGGAUGAAGCUGACGAGAGAGCCGACAUCGCCGAGUCUCAGGUCAACAAGCUACGUGCCAAGAGCCGUGAUGUGGGGUCAAAGAAAGGACAUGUUGAGGAAUGAAAGUCAUGGAAUCGAAGAGGUUUCUGAGGCACCUGAUGUCUCAAGUGUCUCCCUAAGCAUGUUGUUUAUUGAGUAGAAUAAAGUCAAGCUGCAUCU